ACAACUCCCGAUAAAGUAUCCGCAGUAUCUGUUGAUUGGUUGAAUUAAAUACCUCGUGUUAUGACGUCACCAGUCACGUCAUUUAUUAACAUUAGUCUUGAAAUCUUUUAGUAGACGCUACUGCAGUUGGAUGAACGAACAGAUUACAAGAUGAAGCUGUUGGUGCUUUGCAUUUUUGCGAUGAUGGCGACAUUGGCAAUGUCACGCAGCUGGCAUUAUGUUGAACCCAAGUUUUUAAACAAGGCUUCUGGGAAGUAUCGGGCCGCUAUGAAGAAAGGCAUCCUUACUGGCUUCCAUAGACAACUGGAUGGGUGGCUGGUUGAAAACGGCAAAACAGUCAACAAUAAACAGAAGAAGAUUCUACGCUUUGUAAAUAUACGGUACAUGCAGACACACUGGCCAAGCUUUUUCAAAUUUGCUCUCGACAGGUUGAAGAAAUUGGGAAGAAAACCAACAGUACAUGACUUCUUCUCCAUUGGGGCUGAGAUUGGCAGGCGGGUGCCGAUUCGAUUUUCAUAUAGCGUUUUGAUAAGCAAAGGCCUUCUACCCGGGUGGGCUGACUAUAUGCAAGAUCUUCUGGACACGCCGCCUGGUAAGGUCAAAUGUAGGACAUAGCUGACAGUCCACUGGAGUCGGUUUGUGUUGAACAGUGCAAGGGACUAAGAAGAAACAUCACUGAAGUAUCCACGGGAGCCUAGAAUAAUCUACACAUAUCAUACCCCGGCGUGGGGCGCCUGCUCAUUGUACAACGUGUUGAUUUACAUUGAAGACACCGUAAGCCACUGUAACGUGAAAUAAAUACGUCUGCAAAGUA